UGAUCAAUACUUCCCCAACAUUAAAAUUUAUCAAGGAAAUAAAGUUGUUAAUAAAUCUAUCUGAAACUUUGUGCUAUGAGUAAAUUAGAAGAUAUAUUGGCAAAGAAGAAAACGGUUGUUCCUGUACUUGAUCUGAGUAAGAACAUCGCUCAGACCAAAGAAGAAUUUAAACGACUAAUGGAGAAAGUGCCCGAUUAUAAAAUGCGUCCAAUCAAAGUACGUGCCGAUGAAAUAAAGAUUAAAGAGAAAGAUUUCUCUUUCAAGAUUUCGAAGAGAGAGGUCAGAAAACUAUCAAAGCAUAAUGGCGAACGGGAACCGAUUUAUACAUACGCAGAUCCUAUACCGUCCGAAAUGAAGGAUGUACCUAUAAUGGACUUGUGCUCAGUACCAAUCGACUGGAAGAUGCUUACCACGCUGCGACCGAAGUCUAAGCAGGAAGAAGAGUACUUUAGUCGCAUGACAGAGAUGGCCAAGUUGCAAUUGAAGACCGAAAUGCGCGAUCGCAGAGAUUUCAUUCUUAAUAAUUGCGUUAAAAAGAACAAAAACAAAUCUGGCAUUGUAGAAACUAAAUUGGCAACAUGUGCCGAAUGCGGACAAGAAAUGUGUUGUGGCAAGGCUUGCACGGACUUCAAUUACGAUCUAUUUGUGCGCCUUGAACCAAAAAUCUCAAAGCCGAAACCACCCGUAAAUAACACAAACAAAGGGAAAUUGUCUGGACGGAAAUCACUCACGAAGAAUGGGGGGAAGAAUAAAGCAAACAAGAAAAAAAUGCCUUCUUCUGCCGUGGCUUAAUAUCUUUUAUAAACUAAACGUACUGAAGGCUAAACCUUUAUAAUAGGUUGUCAAAAAAGUCUUGCGGUAUUUUCGCUAGUAAGCGCGUAGUUCUAGUUUCAUUCGUCGCACGCUAUACCUUUUUGGAAAGCUCAUUUCCAGCGCUAACACGUGUUUGAUUGAUUGUCAUUUCUUUUAAGUCGUUCGUGAGUUAUAGCGUCGCAAACAUGGAGCAAAAUAAAGAGAAAAUACGGCAUAUUUUACAGUAUGACUACGAUAAAGGCAAAAAUGCAUCUCAAGCCGCCAAUAAAAUUUGUGCAGUUUAUGGACCCGAUACAGUUUCCAUUUCCACCGCACAACGAUGGUUUCAACGUUUUCGUUCUGGUGUAGAGGUAGUCGAAGAUGCGCCACGCUCCGGAAGGCCUGUCGUCGAAAAUUGCGAUAAAAAUCGCUGAAUUGGUCGAAAGAGACCGGCAUAGUAGCAGCCGUAGCAUCGGUCAAGAGCUGGGCAUGAGUCAUCAAAAAUUCAUUUUAAUUUCAAUAAAAAAAAAAAUCCAAUAAAAAUACCGCAAGACUUUUUUGACAACCCAUUAUGUAGCUUUAGAAUGUCAUUUAUAU